GUGUCCGCGAUCCGUGGCGUAGGUCGAAUUUUCGUCUGGAGUUUGCAGUGGAAAAACACCCCAGAAAGGGUGAAAGAUGUGUUGAAGAGUGGUGUGUGGCAAAGAAGUCAAUCUUGAGAGUCAAUAUUACCUCAUAAGCAUAUCAGAUACAAUGGAGUGUUGUGCCAAGAUCCUCCUCCUCGUUACACUCCAGAUUCUCCUCAGUGAUCAGUCACGCCAUCCGGAAGCAUUUGACACGGAUGACUAUGGGCUGGAGAGCCGACAGGUGUUUCAGCAAGCUCUUCUCGACGAGGCCAGCAGAAGCCAGAGCGUCUCUCAGGGCAGCGGAAGCGUGAAGGAGCAGCUGUUGGCUUUGAAUUCCACCUACACAUAUGACGACUCCUGGCCCUCGCACGUCAAGAUGAACUCCAUCUCGGCAGUGUCACUGGACCAAGAGGGCAAUGCUGUGGUCUUCCACCGAGCCGGCCGUGUAUGGGGCCAGUCCACCUUCAAUCUCGACAAUGAGUUCAAACAGACUCAGCUGGGUGUCAUUCCGGACAGCACAAUUCUGGCGUUCAGCCGCAGCACAGGUGCUCUCAAGUACUCCCUGGGCAGGAAUCUCUUCUACAUGCCACACGGACUCACGGUAGACGACAAGGCGAAUAUCUGGGUGACAGAUGUUGCGCUGCACCAAGUGAUGAAGCUACGCAAGGACCAGGACAAACCCCUGAUGGUGCUGGGGAAGAAAUUCAAGCCGGGAAAUGGACCUGACACCUUCUGCAAGCCCACAUCCGUUGCCAUUCUGCCAAGUGGAGACUUCUUCGUCGCCGAUGGUUACUGCAAUGCGCGCAUCAUCAAGUUCUCAGCAGAUGGAAAGAGAAUUCUGACAUGGGGAGAGAACUCAUUUCAGGGCGUCGCACACAAAAUAGCACCUCCGAAUUUUCUGGCUAUUCCUCAUUCCCUCACUCUGGCUCUGGACAAGGGGCUGAUUUGCGUGGCAGACCGAGAGAAUGGGCGAGUGCAGUGUUUCCACGUGACGAAUGGCACUUUCCAUUCGCAGUACCACAGCUUAUUGGUCGGAGAUCGAAUCUACGGGGUGUCUUAUGCCCCGAUCAACGGUGGGCGCUUGUACGUGAUCAAUGGGCCUCAGUUGCCGGUGUGGAUUGCCCAGGAAUACUCUCCUGGCUACCAUGAAGUGCGAGGCUUUGUCUUUGAUAUGACUACGAAGACUGUGGUGGAGAAAUUCGGCAUCCCUGGCGAGGACUUCAACAAUCCCCACGACAUUGUGGUGUCUGAGGACGGAGCUGAGGUGUAUGUGGCGGAGAUCGGUCAAUUCCGACCCAGGAAGUUCUCGUCGAGUGUGCAACGCAAGGCACAAGACGGUGGUGGGUUUAAUCGCACGGUUGCAGCAACUAAUGUUGCCAAGAGUGUGGCGGAUUCUGGGGCCACGGCUCUCCUGGCUGUUAUUCUCAUUGUGGUGUUUGCUAUUGCUGCCUUUGGGGCCACAUUGCUUGUCUUGCGCCAGAGGAAACGAGACACUUUUCAGCCAGACUUUUAAGUUGUAGCAAAAAACAGUCCACAGCGAAUGAUUGUGAGAGAGAUGUGAAAUGUAAGGGAGAUUUGUUCUAAGGCUAAGAACUCUUUGAAUCCUGUGUCUACCACAUAUAAGAGAAAAAAAGAACAACCGACAAAAUGGGAGAUGAGAAAUUGUGUGUUAAUUUUAAAAAUUGAUAUAUUCUAUUGAAUCCAGUGUAAAGAUGAGAAAAAUAUUGUGUAAAGUCUAUUAUGAAUGUUUAUAAAUGGAAGAUAAGACCACUCUCUUGGCUCAAUAAAAGAAUCUUCUCAGAGUAA